UUUACUUUUGGUGUUUCCUUUCUGCGAAUAAGAGCUUACACGUCAGUUUAGAUUCCGCGCCAAUCCAAACAGCUCUUUAAGCGUUUGAAAAGACGCUUGUGUGCAGCCAUGCAGGCGAUGGAUCUCUGGCUUCCUUCCAUUGCAGUGGCCUUGAUCAUCGUCCUUAUCUCGUGCAUUCUCAACUUCAACAGCUGGUUUUAUGCUCCGAAGCUUAGACCUGGAUCGCCACCAUUGCCACCAGGUUCGCUUGGUUGGCCUGUUUUCGGAAACAUGGGAGAUUUCUUACAGGCCUUCAAGUCAAGCAAUCCGGAGUCCUUUGUAGGGGGUUUCAUUUCCAAGUAUGGAUGUGGAGGCCUGUAUAAAGCGUUUUUGUUCAGGCAGCCCACCAUUCUGGCCACAUCAGCGGAAGUAUGUAAGACCGUGCUUUGUAACCAUGAUGUUUUUGAGAUCGGAUGGCCAGAGCGAGUGGUGAAAGAGCUUCUGGGACUGAAGGUUCUCUCGGCAGUGACGGGCGACGAUCAUUUGAAGCUCAGCAAACUGGUCAAGCCGGCUUUAAGUUCACCGAAAGCAAUUCAGCAUCAAAUGCCUUGCAUUGAAGAAAACGUGAAGAAAUUGCUAGACGAAUGGGCGGAUCGAGGCAACAUCGUCUUUCUAGAUGAAGCAAGAAUGUUUACGUUGAAAACUAUUCACGAGAUUCUAGUAGGAGAGGAUACAGGGAUUGAUUUCAAACAGGUGUCUGGGCUGUUUCACACCAUGAACAAGGGUCUGCGUGCUUUACCACUCAACUUUCCUGGCACUGCUUACAGUAACGCUGUCAAGGCACGCGCAACGUUGGCAAAUGACUUCUGGCGAAUAUUCUACGAAAGAAAGGAAAGCAAGAAGAGAGGAGGAGAUACUUUGUCCAUGCUGCUGGACGCCACAGACGAGGGCGGUCAACCUCUAGAAGAUGAUCAAAUCGUGGAUUUGAUCAUGUCUUUUAUGAACGGAGGGCACGAAUCCACGGCACAUCUCGUCACCUGGUUGGCCAUCCUCCUGAAAGAGCACCCUGCUGUUUACCAAAGACUCAAGGCUGAACAAGAUGAAAUCGCGCUCAAGAAAAUGCCUGGCGAAAGCCUUACACUAGCUGACAUGAGGAGCAUGACUUACAUGUCUAGAGUGAUUGAUGAGACCCUGAGGCUGAUUAACAUUUCCCCGUUUGUCUUUCGGAAAGUUCUCAGCGACGUGCAGCUAAACGGCUACACAAUCCCGAGAGGAUGGUUCGUAGAGGCGUGGCUACGACAAGUACACAUGGAUCCCCUCGUGCACAAGAACCCGAGAGAGUUUGAUCCCGACCGCUGGAUUAACGAGAAGCCUCAGCCUCAUACGUACGUUGCCUUCGGCUUGGGCAAUCGAAAGUUUCCCGGAAGCAACCUCUCCAAGAUCCAGAGCAGCAUCAUCAUCCACCAUCUCAUCACGAAAUACAACUGGGAGCCAUUGAAUCCACACUACAAGCUCGUAUAUCUCCCACACCCAAGGCCCGCCGACCACUAUCCCGUCAAGAUCACGAAGCGAGCACUUGUCUAGGAUCUCUCUUCACGCCUUGGAGAAAGCCAUCUUCACUCCGCGCGAGGACCGCCAUGGCAUAGUAGAGCUGGUUCUUGGGAUAAGUUAGCUUCUCGCUACGGGCCUGCGCCUCCAGAGUACACAACAAGCCUCCGUACACCUCUCGAUUCUUCUCCAUUAGCUGGAUCGUACUGCCAGUGUUGUUGACAAAGGUAACUCCUCGAAUUUGCGCUAAUCUCUCGUCGCUGCUCCAGCACCCCAGCGAAUUUCCCAUGGCCUGCCUAGUAGCAACAGACGUGGAGAGAUCUUUGUUCCCAGGAUUUUAUAGAAUGGUGGCCGCCACCGCGUCAAGUGACCUGACCAAUUCCAAUGGAACUUCCAGGAAGAGCUGUGUGUUUUAACUUAUUAGGCAGCAGUCACGAGAUUAGUUCAUACUUGGUUACGUUUCUAAGUUCAAUAUCUAGAGCGUACUGAGUCCACUCUAUCAAGAGAAAGAAGCUUUAGAUUC